ACGGUCUGUCAUCUACCAACCAGCAUUAACAUUGAGAAAGAGAGGAAGAAGAAAACCAUAAAAGAAGAAAAUAAAACGAACGUCGUUUGAAUUCAUUUCAGCAGGAACCAUGCCGAAGAGGAAAGUAACAUUUGAGGACGGGGAAGGGGAGAUAGAGCUGGAAGAAGACGUCCCAAGCAAAAAGACUUGUGAGGUUGUUACUGGACCAGGCGCUAGGUUUAAGGGCAAACACUCCCUUGAUAGCGAUGAAGAGGAUGAAGGGGAAGAUGCAAAAAUCACCAACAAAUAUGAUAUUCUGGCCAGUGAUGACGUGGAGGGCCAAGAGGGAGCAACAAUCGACUAUGACGAGGGAGUUUCCAUUACACCUUUCAACCUGGAUGAGGAGAUGCAGGAAGGAUACUUUGACUCUGAAGGAAACUACUUCGUCAAAAAGGAGGAAGAGAUACGAGACAACUGGCUUGACAACAUUGACUGGGUGAGAGUAAAAGAACAACCUUUCAAACAAAAGAAGAAAGGUCUUGGAGCCAAACGGAAACGCAGAGUCGGUGAUGAGGAUGAGGCUGAGGAAGAGAAACAGAGGGAAGAGAAGCAGGCAGGCCAAGCAAACACUGAGGAAGCAGAGGAGAUGGAGGAGGAGGAAAUGGAGCCUGCAGAGGACCCGCUGGCGUCCUUCACACAGCACCAGCUCACUGAGGCUGUGGUCGAACUGUUGCAUCCUGGGGAGACGGUUGCCAAGGCGCUCCGGCGGCUAGGAGGCCUUGGAGGACGGAAGAAGGGGAAGCUGAGGGAAGACAGUAAACCCACAGAGGAGGCGAAAAGAGACACAGAUAAGCUUGACAGACUCACAGCAUUAGCUGACAGAUUGGUUGGAUCUGGGAUGUUUGAGAUCUAUCAGCAAACAUAUGAAAAACUGGCCUAUUUGAUGAAAAGCAUGAACAGCAAGCGCCCAGCCGUGAAGAAGAGCCCAGGUGGUGAUGGAGAGGAAGAUGAACUGGACAUGUUCGCAGACAAAUUUGACGAGAAAAAUUCAGGCAAAUCAGACGAGGAAGAAGACAACACAGUGAGUGACGGGGUGAUGUGGGAGUACAAAUGGGAAAAUACGGAUGAUUCAGAGGUUUUUGGACCCUUCAACAGUCAGCAGAUGCAGGGUUGGGUGGAUGAAGGCUAUUUCAGCACAGGCGUUUACUGCAAGAGGAUCGACCAGGAGGGAGCGCAGUUCUACAACUCUAAGAGAAUAGAUUUUGAGCUGUAUACAUGAUUUGUGUGUAACGGCUAAUUCAUUAUAAUCACAAUCACUCUUGACAGUCAUCUUUUGGCCUAAGCCUAUCUUCUGUCUAUUCAACCAAGGAUUUUGCGUUAAAUAUGUAAUUUUAACAGAGGCUUUGUUUUCUGUACAUUGUUUUUAAAUAAAUGACUCAUGAACGUGG